AGCUGCCAGCGUCGGUUUAUUCAUCAGUGGAGAUCCGGGAUGCUCCGACGCUGCUGGAAAUGCCUCAGAAGGUAAAGGAGCCUGGCAGUCGCCUUUGUAUGAGCAAACAGCUCUGUAGAUAAAAGUUUCUACAAACAAAAAAGUUCCUGGAUACGCUCUGCGAUGAGGUGGAGUGAAGAAUAAGUUGUUCCGGACAGCUUGGACGAGGAGGUUUUUCGUCUUUGAAGCUCCCAAGUUUAGACAUCUAAUGCUAACGCUACGCCGACGUUUGCUAAUAGCGUUAGCCUAGCUCGCUAGGUAAAUAGACUGCCUCUCGGAGUUUCCUGCAUCUGCGUCCACGUUGUCAACCCAAGAACUGUGCUGUUAGUAGUCACUUGUAUCAUCAUUUUAUUAAGUUUAAUAGUAAGCCUCGCUCCUGCGACAUGGGUGGAUUUUUGUUAUCUUUCACACAAAGCUAACUGGCUAUAAUUAGCCUGUUCGUAUGCUAGCUGACGCUAGCUAACGUUGCCGAGCUAGCCAGCAACUUCUGCAGGAGAGUUUCGGCGAGCUAACCACGGCAGUUUUGUCGCCCACAAGCAACCUCUGCUUUUAAAAGCAGUCAGCCUGCAGCCAUGUUUGAAAUGGAGACGCAUAUAUCGUGCCUUUUCCCGGAGAUCCUGGCCAUUAUUUUCAGUUAUCUGGACGUUAAAGACAAAGGGAGAGUAGCCCAAGUGUGCGCGGCCUGGAGAGACGCGUCCUACCACAAGUCGGUGUGGAGGGGGGUGGAAGCCAAGCUCCAUCUGCGGCGAGCUAACCCGUCUCUGUUCCCCAGCCUUCAGACUAGAGGCAUCAAAAAAGUUCAGAUUCUCAGCCUCAGGCGAAGUCUGAGCUACGUGAUUCAGGGGAUGCCGCACAUCGAAAGCCUUAACCUGUGUGGGUGCUUCAACCUCACAGACAACGGACUCGGACAUGCCUUUGUGCAGGACAUCCCAUCACUGCGGGUGCUGAACCUCAGUCUUUGUAAACAGAUCACUGACUCCAGCCUGGGCAGGAUUGCCCAGUACCUCAAAAACCUGGAGGUGCUUGAACUCGGGGGAUGCAGCAAUAUCACCAACACAGGCCUGUUGCUCAUUGCCUGGGGCUUGCACAGACUCAAGAGCCUUAACCUGCGCAGCUGCAGGCAUGUGUCCGAUGUGGGCAUCGGUCACCUGUCUGGCAUGACCCGCAGUGCUGCGGAGGGCUGUCUGUCUCUGGAGAAGUUAACCUUGCAGGACUGCCAGAAGCUGACAGAUCUUUCUCUCAAACAUGUCUCAAAGGGCCUAAACAAGCUCAAAGUGCUGAACCUCAGUUUCUGCGGAGGGAUAUCCGAUGCAGGGAUGAUCCACCUGUCACAUAUGACCCACCUGUGCAGCCUCAACCUGCGGUCCUGUGAUAACAUCAGUGACACCGGGAUAAUGCAUCUGGCCAUGGGCUCUCUACGGCUGUCUGGACUUGAUGUCUCCUUCUGUGAUAAGAUCGGGGACCAGAGCCUGGCAUACAUCGCCCAGGGCUUGUAUCAGCUCAAGUCCCUCUCUCUUUGCUCCUGCCACAUCAGUGAUGAUGGCAUUAACAGGAUGGUACGCCAGAUGCACGAACUAAAGACGCUCAACAUUGGACAGUGUGUGAGAAUCACGGACAAAGGGUUGGAGUUGAUAGCUGACCACCUGACCCAGCUGACAGGGAUUGAUCUGUACGGUUGUACGAAGAUCACCAAGAGGGGUCUGGAGAGGAUAACACAGCUCCCGUGCCUUAAAGUGUUGAACCUGGGACUGUGGCAGAUGACUGAGAGUGAGAGAGUGAGGUGAAAGCUCUCCUGUUUAGUAUACAUGUGUUUCAUUGUGUAUAGUGCUCAGUUUCUUAAUUUUACCUUCUAUACUGUGACUAAAAACAAGGAGAGGGACUCAGCAUUGAUCACUGGAAUAUUGUUCACCUCCGCUGCAAUAUAUCCACUCUUACUCUGACUUUUAGUUUUGUGCUCUCUUUUGAGGUGCAUUGUCUAAUCUCAGCCAGUGUACAGUUCUUACUAUCUAGCUACCUCACCCAUCAAACACAGGAGUGCCUACUGUCGCUGAAUACUAAACUACAUUGCAUAUUUUUGUGACUCACAUACCAGUGGAGAUUUUGAUAUUGAAGAAAAAUCUCAUUGCAGAAUAAUAGGUAGGCAUUUAACUCUUAACACAAAGGCUGGAGAACCUUGGAUUGAAGUUUUGAUAGAUUUUUUUUUCUUGUUUGAUGAUUUUUUUUUACUUGUGUAACCAAUAUUUUUUGUAUUGAAUGACUGUUGACAAAAUUGUACUUCAAAUUGAAGUGGGCGGAUCACUCCUGUCUUGUGUUUGUUUACCUAUGUAUAGUUGGCUAUGUUUCAUAUUCCUGAGGAAAUAAGUAUGUAUCAGAUGUGCUACUCUGUCAACGGUUCAUCAACACGACUACAGUAAGGCGUAGUAAUUAACAGCUGCCAAGGCUUUAUGCAAUACCUAAAACUGUUCAUCAGUGGUUUUUCUCCUGAGGAGCUUCCAACGAUAGUGUCAGAGUAUUUGUUUAAAAAAAGCAGUAAUUUAAGAUUGUUUUAUAUUCAUACAGUAGUGAUAUUUAUGAAUAAAGAUGGCAAAUAUGUUUCAA